AUGACCGACGUCAAACUUGACCAAGCUUCCUUCUCUCAAUCCGCCGGUAAAACAGUCCUGAUAACCGGUGCAGCGCGGGGGAUCGGGGCCGCAACCGCAAUCUUAUUCAACUCCCACGGUGCCAAUGUCGUUCUCGCCGACCUCCCCCAACUGCGAGAUAGCGCCGAAGAAGUCAUCCAGAAGCAGAUGCAAUUCCCAAACCGCGCAAUAUUCGUAUCUACCAAUAUCGUCAACUGGGCAGAACUAACAGCAUGCUUCGAAACGGCAAUCACCACCUUCAGGAAGGUCGACAUCGUCAUAGCUAACGCGGGUAUUAUGGAGUGCGAGUCCGUCCUGGACAUGGACAACGUGGAUGAGAAUGGACAUCUUCUCGAGAUGGGAUCCACAUCGAGUUAUUUCGGCGGAACAGGUGUAGCCGCCUACAUCGCGUCGAAGCAUGGCGUGCUGGGUCUCCUACGGGCGUGUCAGAAUGUUGCGCGCGCACACGGCGUCCGGGUUAAUGCCGUCGCGCCGUUUUUGACACCGACUCAUAUCACCGCGGGCUUUGCGCAUAAGUGGGAUGAGGCGGGUCUUGAGAAGAAUACUCCCGGUCGAGUUGCGGAUGCUAUUGCAGUUGUGGCUUUGGAUGAGAAGCGGCAGGGGAAUUGUGUUAUGGUCGCUGGGAAAUGGUAUCGUUGGUUCCACCCUCCCCGCGGACACUCUUCAUGCCCAGACACGCAAGCAACACUGAACACUAUCCACAAGAUUCUUUUGAUAUCCGACAAGUUCAAAUGGGAGACUGUUCCAUUUCCGACACCGCUUCAUUUUCAACUCGACUAUGUCUAUACCAUUGAUAAAGAUGCUGGUCAUUUUACAGUCACCCAGUGGACAGAGGUGAAUGAGACUCUAUACCCGAUAGUCCGACGUGCGACGUUGGCCAGUAUUCAAGAGACACGACUCAGUACAAUAGACACGCUCCUUGAUGAUGUCAUGGUAGUUUCUAGGCACAAGGAUUACUUACUGGGUGAUUCAAAAGAAAACGGCGUGCAGCAUCUAUUGAAAUCAUUCCGAAUCAACCCUAGCAUCCCCGCGCCGCUAAACGAACUACAAUUUCAGCUCUUUACGGACUUUGUCUUCAUGUGGCGAUUUUAUUUCGAUGACACUUCGAGCUGGGAAAACUCAUUUCCUGUUUUCUCUGCCCUUGCUAUUGGACUAUUACGUAUCGCAGCAUGGGACUUUGAGGUCAGGAAUGGGGAUACAGAGGACCUGCCUAUCACAUUUUCCUCCCUUCCACAAUGGAAGGCGCCUACUCAUAACGUAUUCUGGUUCCACAAAUAUCUGAUCGUGUGCUGCAACACCGAGGAAAUUGGCACUUCUAUCGCUGCAAAGGCAAAUGACUUUUUGUCCCGCAGUACCAACCACGCAAGGAUUGCUCAUGGGAUAGUUGGGAUAGCCAUUUCCAUGCGGCAUAUAGCACUUUUUGAGAUUCGCAAUGGCGAUCUAUUUCAUUCUCCGCCCAUUCCCCUUGUUACCAACACUUCAGCCAUGUGUUGCUCCCCAGGAUUCAGGGUUUUGGCUUACAUAUUCACCUCAAAUCACUGGGCGGGACAUUCAUCGGAGUCGGGAGAAUAUUUGGGUACAAUACCCACUGAGCUGUUCAGCAUGAUCCUUGAGGCAUUCACGCCGCGGGAUUUGGUCUCGAUGGCGCAGGCAUCUAUUUUGGUUGAGAAAUGGUAUUACUCUUCCAUUCCCCAAAUCUGUGGCAUCAAGGUACACAACUUUGCCCUCUCGAUACCAUGUUGCGGCAAGCGAUAUACAUCGAACGCACCCGGGAUUUUCUGCUCGGUCUGCUAUGCCUGGUCACAUAUGGAGUGUGCAGAGCUGUCCGCUCAUGUGCCUUCUGACACUGCCAAGUAUAUCUGUUCUGAUUGUCAAGAGAGCACACCUUCUACUGGUCUUGAGACGGGCGGUAUUCACCAAACCUACCGUGAAAUUCGGGUACGAAAAUCAUGCAGUGUAGUUCAUGAUGGCAAAGCUACGGAUUUUCUGUUGCGAGUUACAAAGCCAGCCUCUCGCCGGCCAGAGUUAUCGCUAAUCCGAAGCCACGGCCCGCCUCCUCCACGGAACGUCGAUUAUACGAUAUUCUUCAAUGGGGUAUUCUCUGGUCUCGCGUAUGGAUUUGAUUAG